AUGGAUGCGCGUGCGGCGAUGAGCAAGCCCCUACGCUCGGUGCGCGUGGCGCCGCCGCCCCUGGCUGCUCGCGCCGCCGUUCUGCUGCUGCUGCUGCUGCUCUCGGCGCUGCCGCUCUCGCUGACCUACACUUACGAGCAAGACGUGUUCGCGAUAAAUGGCCUGUACACGGCGCUUGGAUCCCCGUCUUUGCCUGGUUGGGUUACCAAUGGCGGCGACCCCUGCGUCGAAAACUGGCAGGGCGUUGGAUGUGCGGCAUCGAAUAUCACCGCCAUAACUCUCAAUGGUAUAAGUUUGGGUGGACAGCUGGGUAAUACACUGGCGAAUUUCACAUCGAUAAUCACCUUAGAACUUAGCAACAACAAUAUUGGUGGAACCAUACCUGAUAAUCUACCGGUCACAAUUCAGCGCUUUUUCCUCUCAGGAAACCAGCUAAGUGGGAGCCUUCCAAGUACAUUGUCGACGCUUACACUUUUGACAGACAUGUCCCUCAGCAGCAAUCGUUUGUCUGGGGACAUACCAGAUGUAUUUUCAGCACUCACUGGACUUAUAAAUUUAGAUUUUUCUUCCAACAACUUGACUGGCCCAUUACCGCCUUCGAUGGGAAACUUAAAAGCAUUGACUACCCUGCAUAUUCAAGACAAUCAAAUAUCUGGGACCCUGAAUGUCCUGCAAGAUCUCCCUCUCAAAGAUUUGAAUAUACAGAAUAAUCUUUUCUCUGGUCCUGUGCCUCCGAAGUUAUUCAAUGUCCCAAACUUUCAGAGGGAUGGCAACCCAUUUAAUACUAGCAUAGCUCCAUCUCCACUGCCAGCUGCACCAGCACCAUCUCCAUCACUAUCACCUUCAAUAGGACAUGUCCCCUCAAAAGAACCUACAAAGUCGCCUGAUGUGCCAAAUGGAAAUUCUCCAGCAUCAGGAAACCAUACUAUUUGGACAGUCAAAUUUGUUGGAUACAUUCUUGUUGGGGUGGUAUCAGCAGUGGUUAUUGUGUUAAUGGUAAUGUUUUGUGUAUCCAAGCACAAAGAUAGGAAGUCAAAGAAGGAAAUUAGGAAGUCAAAGAAAGAUGUGUAUCCAAAAAACAAGAUAGGAAGGGAGCCUCAGAGGCUUGGAGAGGCUAAAAUCAAGGAAGUCCCGGAAAUGAAGGAACAUUUGGUAAAACCUAUGAAUACUGUAGAGAAAGCAGCUUCAAAUGUGGUUUCUAAUUCAAGUGAGGAGCUGAAAGUCAAUGCAUCAAUGAAAGCUCCUAAUGUUGCUUAUAACGCAAAGGAAAGGGAGGCUACAUUAUAUUCGCCGAUGAGAGCUGUUGCUGGGGUGAUCACGAAGAAACAAAAGGAGCAUGUUAUAGAUAUGGGAAAAUCUGAUGAUUUUGUGGAAGAACCACUGCGUCUUCCGCAGUCUGUUGCGCCGCGUACUGAAAAAGUCACUGUCAGUCCCAGUGUUCGUACUAAAAAGGGGAGAGUACCUUCACUCGGGAAGAUAGAUCUUAGAACUACUGUCAAGUCCUUCUCUGUUGCAUCCCUUCAACAAUAUACCAACAGUUUCAGUGAAGAAAAUUUGAUAAGAGAUAGUAGGUUUGGUAAAGUAUAUCUGGCGGAACUUCCUGAUGGAGAGAUUUUAGAAGUUUUGAAGAUUGACAUUGAUAACUCAAGAGUACCAGUUGAUGUCUUUCUAGAACUAGUUGUGAACAUUUCAGAACUAAGUCAUCCUAAUAUACUUGCGCUAGUGGGAUACUGUGCGGAGUUUGAGCAGCGGCUACUUGUCUACGAGCAUUGUAGUAAGAUGACUCUACAUGAUGAACUCCAUUAUGUUGAUGAACCCAGCAACGCAUUGUCAUGGAAUGCCCGUCUCCAAGUAGCUGUGGAAGCAGCAAAGGCAUUACAAUAUCUUCAUGAUGGCCGUCAACCACCGCUUGUACAUCAAAAUUUUGAACCAUCUGUCGUUCUCCUUAAUAGCACUUUGGCAGUCCAAAUUUCCGAGUGUGGACUUGCAUCGCUGUCUCAGUUAUCUGGCAGUUUGCAUGCCUUGUUCCAUUAUGAAGCCCCAGAAGUGCAUGAAUCCAGAUCAUUCAGUGAUCGAAGUGACGUUUACAGCUUUGGCGUCGUUAUGUUGGAACUUCUAACAGGACGUGAACCUUACGACAGUUCCCGUCCACGUGCUGAGCAACAUCUGGUGCGAUGGGCCUCUACUCAACUUUAUGAUAUUGAUGCCAUAUCAAAGAUGGUAGAUCCUUUGAUUAGAGGACAAUGUUCUGAAAAGGCUUUGUCGCGUUUUGCUGAUGUCAUUGGCAGCUGUAUUCAGCCUGAGCCAGAAUUCAGGCCACCAAUGUCCGAAGUUGUCCAAGCCCUAACUCGUAUGGUCAGCGACGCGACAAAGGCUUCCAUGUAA